AUGCCUACUUUAGGACACAGCAAAUAUAGAGAAAGUAUAAGUACAUUUAUAGACGACACUAGAAAUUAUAAGAGAAAAUCAAUCGAUGAGCAAGAUGACUAUUCAAUUGUUGAAGAUUUGCUUUAUCUAAAAAAUGAAGGAAAUAAAGAAUUACACAAUGCUACAAAUGGAAAUUUUUAUGCUAAUUUAGAAUUAGGGUCAUCUCAUAACAAUGGAAUAAAUAUUAAACUGAACAGAGAUAACCAAUUUAUAGAAAAUAAAAAUAUUAAUGAAGUAAAUAAUGUUAAAAAUUAUAAAAACCAUAUCGAUAACAACGAUUAUACUUUCGAGUCUCCUUUAAACGAACUUCAAAGAUACCAACUUACAUUACUCAAAAAAAGAAAUCCAUCUAAUCCUAAAUUACCAAAAGAAAUAGAAGAAACUAGUAAAACCUAUAAUGCAGUAAAUCUACAACAUUCUGAAAAAUACAAAAAUAAAAAUAAUAAGGAUUUGGUGAAUGAUAUAGAUAUAAUAAGUAUUAAAAAAAAUACAGUCGAUUUAAAUAAUAUAAAAGGGGUAAAAAUUAAGGAAAAACCCAUAUUAUCAAACUUGAUAACUAAUAAAAAUGAUAAUAACAAUCAUUUAAGUUUUAGUGAAAUUUAUGAAACCCCAGUAUGUGAUAAUAAUCUUUCUAAUUCUUGGAAAAAUAUUAAUAUCGAAAAUGAAAAAAAAGUGAAAUGCGAACAUUUUAUAAGUAGUAAUGAAAAAAUAAAGGGUUCAUUUGAAAUAAAAAAGGAUAACGACAUUAGACAAGAUAAUACGCUAGAAUAUUGUGAUAUAAUUAAAAAAAGAAAUAUAAAAAAUGAAAGAUCGGAUAUUGAAGAUAUAGAAAAUAAUUCCAUGAGCAAAGACAUAAAGAAAUAUAAUAAUGUCAAAAUCAAUGAACGGUAUAAAAAAAUAAAUGAAACCUCAUUAGAUGAGAUGGAUAUUAAAAAGAGAGAUAUUAACGGCAUGGAUAACAAUUAUGAAAAUUGCAUUAUACAAAUGAAAAAUAAAAAAAAUAAUGGAGAUAAACUCUUAGAUGAACAAUAUGAUGAAAAUAAAAAAAGCAUUUUAUAUGAUAGUUUACAUAAGAAUACAAUAAAAGAAAUAUCAAAAAAUGGAUAUAAAAUGGAACAUAAUUAUAUAAUGCCAACGAGAGAUAAAUAUUAUAAAGGCAUGUUAGAAGAAUGUGAUAGUAAAGGUCAAGAAACUCGAAACAUCAUACAUACCAAUAAAAACCUUAGAAACAAUAACAAUAUUAAUAAUAACAAAUAUAUAGAAAAUCAAGAUAGAAACACAAGUAAUAAAAUAAACAAUGAUUUAUCUGUAUCAUAUAAAAGUGAUCAAAAUGUUAUCAUGAAUAAUUCUAAUAAAGCAAAAAACAAAAUAAAAGAUGAAGAGCAUAUCGAGCCACAUACUUUAAAUGGAGAUUUAAAUAUUUCUAUCAAAAAAAAUAAUGGAUGUAAAAAAGGCUUGGUCAAUGAUACUACAUAUAUUCAGGAUGAUCCUGAAAUAAAAAUUGUAAACAAAAAUAAAACACACACCCAUAACUUAAGUAGCAAUGGGUAUAGAAACGUAAGUAAGCAUACAACAAAAUCUUUGAAUCAUAGUGUGAAUGUUGAUACUAAUAUACAAGAUAAUAAUUACCUAAAUGUUAAGGAAAAAAAUAGCCAAAGUGAAAAAAAACGAACUAGUAUAUCACGUAAUGUAACCCCAAAUAAAAGUGGAAAAAAUGGAAGUGUGUGCUCAAAAAUAAAAAAUGAUAAUACAAUGACAUAUCUUACAUAUGAAGAUAUAAAAAAUUUUGAAUUUGAAUUAAGUAUUGAUAAUAUAAAUGAUAUGAUAACAAAAUUACUUGAAAUUACAAAAGAUCAAGAAUGGAAACAACAAAUAGAAAAUUUAAUUAAUCUUCGAACAAUUUUAAAAUAUCAUGAUACAUUAUUUUUUAAUAAUUUUAUAAAAGAUUUAAGAAAAAUAUGUAGAUCAAUAGUAGAAUUAUUAAAUAGUCCUAGAUCAUGUGUAUCAAAAAAUGCAUUAUUAUGUUUAACCGAAUUUUAUUCUAUAGGAAAAAAAAAAAUGGACAAUACUUUGGAUGAUGUUGUUAUGCCAUGUUUAAAAAAAGCAUUUCAAACAUCUAAUGAUUUUUUAAGUAAUGCUGCAAAUAAUUCAUUGUUAUCUAUUUGUAAUUCCUGUAGUGAAAGCAAACUUAUUUCUUAUUUUGUCAAGAUAAUAACAUCAAAACAGAAAACUUACAAUCUUAUAUGUUUAAAGUGCCUAAUUGCUGUUAUUAUUAAAUUUGAAGAAAACAUUUCAAAGUAUAAGGAGAUUAAUAAGUUAAUCGAGGCACUUCUAGAGUGUACAUCUGUUGGAAGUGCUGAAAUAAAAUGCACAGCAAGAGUAGCCCUGGUCGUUCUAGACAACAUAUGCCCAAUUCAACCUAUUAGCUCCAAAUUGCACAUUUGCCCCGAAAAAGUGAAAAAGAUAAUAAACCUGAUUGACCGAACAUCCGAAAAUGAAAUCGAUUCAGUGUUGGGGAAAAUUAAGUUUAAUUAA